UGGGGCCGGUGUCGGCUGAGCGUCAUUCACUGCAGCUGGAAGGUUGAGUCUCGCCGGUGGCACGAAGUGGACUUGGAGACCGUCCGCCUAGGAGGAGGGUUGAAACGGUCAUACCGCAGCGACACGGUACCUGGGAGCUGUCGCCGAUUCAUCGUGGGGAGAGGCGACGAGAGGAUUUCUCUUCUAGCCGGGUUGUAAGGGACCUUUUGGAAAGAUGGAUCAAUCGUGGUGUAAGACCACGCAGGAGUGCUUGCAGUACUUCAACGUUCAAGAAACAGUAGGACUAACGCCAGCGCAAGUUAAAGUCGCCCAGGAGAAGUUUGGGCCAAACGAGCUGCCGGCGGAAGAAGGCAAACCACUAUGGCAACUGAUUCUGGAGCAGUUCGACGACUUGCUCGUCAAAAUUUUGUUGUUAGCUGCUAUCAUCUCCUUUAUCCUAGCUUUCUUUGAAGAGGAUGAGGAGUCAGUCACAGCCUUUGUAGAACCUUUUGUCAUCUUGCUUAUUCUGAUCGCCAAUGCAAUUGUCGGAGUCUGGCAGGAAAAGAAUGCAGAAGAAGCCAUCGAGGCAUUGAAAGAAUAUGAACCUGAGAUGGGCAAGGUCGUCCGUGCGGACAGGGGGGCUGUCCAGAGGAUCAAGGCCAGGGAAAUGGUCCCCGGAGACAUUGUGGAGGUUUCAGUUGGUGACAAGGUCCCCGCUGACAUCCGCAUUCUGCAGAUCAAGUCAACCACGUUACGUGUGGACCAGUCCAUCCUGACAGGUGAGAGUGUGAGUGUGAUCAAGCAUACGGACCCCAUCCCAGACCCACGUGCUGUCAACCAGGACAAGAAGAACCUCCUCUUCUCAGGUACCAACAUUGCUGCGGGAAAGUGCAGUGGAGUCGUUAUCGGAACUGGACUGUCAACAGAGAUCGGAAAGAUCCGUACUGAGAUGGUGGAAACAGAAAACGAGAGGACCCCUCUGCAGCAAAAACUGGACGAGUUUGGACACCAACUUUCCCAGGUGAUCACUCUGAUCUGUAUUGCUGUCUGGGCCAUCAACAUCGGACACUUCAACGACCCCGUGCACGGCGGGUCCUGGGUGAGGGGCGCCAUCUACUACUUCAAGAUCGCCGUGGCUCUGGCCGUGGCCGCUAUCCCCGAGGGUCUGCCCGCUGUCAUCACCACAUGUUUGGCUUUGGGUACCAGGCGAAUGGCCAAGAAGAACGCCAUCGUGAGGAGCCUGCCGUCUGUGGAGACUCUGGGCUGUACCUCCGUCAUCUGCUCGGACAAGACAGGAACUCUCACCACCAACCAGAUGUGUGUCAGCAGGAUGUUUGUCUUCGACAAGGCUGAGGGAGACCGUGCCACAUUCCACCAGUUCCGCAUCACCGGAUCCACCUACGAGCCCAUCGGCGAAAUCUCCCUGGACGGCGGCAGCAAGAUCAAGGCCGGCGACUACGACGCUCUCGUGGAGAUGGCAACCAUCAUGGCGCUGUGCAACGACUCCGCUCUGGACUUCAACGAGUCUAAGAACGUGUAUGAGAAGGUGGGCGAGGCUACAGAGACUGCCCUGACAGCCUUGGUGGAGAAGAUGAACGUCUUCAACACUGACUUGUCAGGACUGAGCAAGGCCGAGAAGUCCAACGCCUGCAACAAGGUCAUCCAGCAACUGAUGAAGAAGGAGUUCACCCUGGAGUUCUCCCGCGACCGCAAAUCCAUGAGCUGCUACUGCACGCCAACCAAGGCCACCAAGACGUCCGUCGGAAACAAGAUGUUCUGCAAGGGUGCACCUGAGGGUAUUCUGGACCGUUGUACCCAUGUCCGUGUGGGAACCACCAAGGUCCCACUGACCCCCGGCAUCAAGAAACAGAUCCUGGACAUGGCCACUGAGUACGGCACAGGCAGAGACACCCUGCGUUGCCUGGGUCUGGCCACCAUCGACAACCCACCCAAGCGCGAGGAAAUGGACCUGGACGACGCCCGCAAGUUCACGCAGUACGAGAACAACAUGACCUUUGUGGGUAUGGUGGGCAUGUUGGAUCCCCCCCGUAAGGAGGUGGUUGCCUCCAUCCAGGAGUGCUACGGUGCUGGCAUCCGUGUUAUCAUGAUCACUGGCGACAACAAGCUGACUGCCCUGGCCAUCUGCCGCAGGAUCGGCAUCUUCGAGGAGGGUGAGGACUGGACCGGCCGGGCGUACACCGGCCGCGAGUUUGACGACCUGCCCCCAGUGGACCAGGCCAGCGCCACCGUCCGCUCCCGUCUGUUCGCCCGUGUGGAGCCCACCCACAAGUCCAAGAUCGUGGACUACCUGCAGGCUGCCGGCGCCAUCGCGGCCAUGACCGGUGAUGGUGUCAACGACGCUCCCGCUCUGAAGAAGGCUGAUAUCGGUAUUGCCAUGGGAUCCGGCACUGCUGUGGCCAAGUCUGCGUCUGAGAUGGUGCUGGCUGAUGACAACUUCUCUUCCAUCGUGUCUGCCGUGGAGGAGGGCCGUGCCAUCUACAACAACAUGAAACAGUUCAUCCGUUACCUCAUCUCCUCCAACAUCGGAGAGGUGGUCUGUAUCUUCAUGACUGCUGCGACUGGCAUGCCCGAGGCCCUGAUCCCUGUGCAGCUGCUGUGGGUGAACCUGGUGACUGACGGUCUGCCUGCCACUGCCCUGGGCUUCAACCCUCCCGACCUGGACAUCAUGGACAAGCCUCCUCGCAACCCCAAGGAGAGCCUCAUCAGCGGAUGGCUGUUCUUCAGGUACAUCGCUGUUGGUCUGUACGUCGGUGCCUCCACUGUCGGUGCUGCCGCCUGGUGGUUCAUGUUCUACGAAGACGGCCCGCAGCUGUCCUACUUCCAGCUGACCCACCAUCUGCACUGCCACCCCAGCGCCGAGGAGUUUGAGGAGGAGUUUGGCGAGGGAUUCGACUGUGAGAUCUUUGAGGACCCCCACCCCAUGUCCAUGGCCCUGUCCGUGCUGGUCACCGUGGAGAUGUGCAACGCCCUGAACAGCCUGAGCGAGAACCAGUCCCUCAUCCUCAUGCCUCCAUGGCUGAACUUCUGGCUGCUGGGAGCCAUCUGCCUGUCCAUGUUCCUCCACUUCGUGGUCCUCUACGUGGAUGUCAUGUCCACUGUGUUCCAGGUGGCACCACUGAAUGGCGAGGAAUGGUUCGCUGUGCUGAAGAUAUCCACUCCUGUCAUUUUACUGGACGAAGUCAUGAAAUACAUCGCUCGCAACUUCAUCGAUGUUGCCAGGGCGGAUAAGGUGCACUAAAUGGUAGACCGCUUGCUGCGCUGGAUUCUACCGUGUUCUUCGUGAUUAAAUAUUUACCAACCAAUAACUUGCUGCUCCGCCUGUAUACAUAGGCAGCUGAUGAUGAUGAUCACCUUUUUAAAAAAAAAUCGACAGAAUUUUUAGCAAAACUGAUGACAUUUCGACAGUUUUAUUCGAAGAUAUAUUUUCGUUAGCUAAGACUGCAAAGUUGGAUUUUGGCAAAUAAAUCUUGACAAGGCCAACAUUUUAAGCAGACGACGUGGAAAAAAAUUGCAAUAAAUGUUGCUGCCUUUGAAUUCGGCGGUACGAGAGAUGAACAUGGCAAACUUGUAAGAAAAGCAGAAGUUAUGCAACAGGUUUUGUACAGUGUUUUUUACCUGCAGGUUCUUGUGUUGAAUGAAGUAUAGAUAGUCAAAGAACUUAGGCAACAUGGAAUGAAAGGAGGCAAAAAUGUGCGAUUUUAACAGUGAAAAGUCUAGAGAUUGGGGAAUGUGAAAGGUGGAAGCAGUAAUAGAACAGAUGAGCAAUAAGUCUGACAAAAAACUAGAUCCUCCUUGCACUUCAUGCCUAGUUCUGUGCAAUAAAGUUAGUAGACGUAGUCAAAUUGUAUAGGUGAAAUUGCAAUGGAAAAAUUGCUAUUUAUCUUGACUCCCAUGUGUGGCAAACUUAGCUACUGUAACUCUUUGCUUUAGUGUAGCCCAGACUGCAUUUAAUAAAAAAAACGUGGAAUAAUAAUUAUCCUUGGAAACGCGAAGCAUGGUGAUAUAUUUAAAGAAGAAGAGCGAAUCGUGGGCUUGCCGUAAUGUAAGAGAUAUACCUCAUUUUGUACUUCCUAGGCAUACAUGCAGAAGCCAUAUGGGACAGUUACAAGUUUAAGUCGUUCUGUUUUUCAUAUAUUCGAUCUGACUUGGUGUUUCCAUCCUCCUUGUGGAGUAUUCUAAUGUUACAGAUGUACAAAAAAUGAGAGCAAUAAAAUCUUCUUGUGUGGUUUUAAAAAACCGG